AGAGAAGUGGAGGAGGAGACGGCUUCGUUUGCCAGCAACGGCGGCGGCGCACCGCGGAGGAAGAAGAGCUAACGCGAACGCGUACGCGACUAGAACUCGUGAAAUCGUCGUAAUACGACGAGAGUCAAAAGGGGAAAUAAAAAGGGAGAAGAAGAGAUUAAAACAUCAAACGUUAAGUAAAAUAGAAAGAAAAUUAAAUAGACGAUAACGUACGACGUAGAUAAUCGUAAAAUAAUAAAGUUUAUUCGUGUGUAAUCGUAUGAUCGAGCGCGCCACAGAUAUUACUAGUAAAAUAACUAGUAAUAUAGAGUGUUAGGUAGUGCGUGCGUGGUGGUAUAGUAAUAAUAGUAGUGGUGCGUUGUCGUUGUCGUUGUCGUCAUCGUCGUUGUCGUGUCGUUGUCGGUCGUGUCGUGUCGUGUCGUCCCGACGAUUUUCCCCCGUCGCGCGCGCGACCGUGGCACACGACGAAAAGGGUCGAAAAGGGACGACCGAGAGUGGUGCGAUCUCGCUUGCGCGCGCGCACGCCCGACGAAGAAAGAAGAGAGAGAGAGAGGGAGAGAGAGAGAAAGAGAGAGCGAACGAACGAACGAACGAACGAACGAACGAACGGACUAGUGACUCGUAGGAGUAGGAGAAGGAGAAGUAGAAGUAGAAGGAGAAGAAGAAGAAGGUGGAGGAAGAGAGAAAGAUAGAGAUAGGUGAAAAGCGUUCGAGGAAGAGGCGAGAGGUAGCGCGAGCGUCGAAUUUAUACUGAGGAGGUGAAAAGAGAAUCAACGACGACGAGAAAGGUGGACGACGUGUUGUGCCGUGAAGGAAUUAAUUUUCUUUUUUAUUUUCAAACUUCUCCGUGAGUGCAUACGUAUAUAAAUAUAUAAAUAUAUAUAUAUAUAUAUAAAUGUAUAUAUGUAUAUAUAUAUAUAGACACGAUCCGAUCGGUAAUUUUCUUCUUUGGUGAGUCGUCAUGUCGUGUCGUGUCGUGUCGUCGAUGUUGUGUAGUUAACGGUGCUGCUGUUGGUACGGCGAAACGAAGAAACCCGAACCGCGGAUCCGAAGAACUGUGGAGAAGAAGAAGGGAGAACACGAGUGAAAGAGAGAAAAAGAGAGAGAGAGAGAGAGAGAGAUAGAGAUAGUUAGAUAGACAGAUAGAGAUAGAUAGAAAGAGUGCGGUCGGUGCGCCUUGCUCGCGUUCGUUCGCGUGUACGAACCGUCCCAAAAACGUCGACCUCUACCUCCCUCUCUCGGCUUACCGCCGAGUCGUUGCCGAGUUACUGCUACGAGUGUUCUCUCUCUUUAGAAAGAGAGAGAGAGAGAGAGAGACGGGAUAAACGAUUAGAAAAAGGACACACUAUAUAUCUCUCUCUCUCGCCGUAACUACGUCGUUGAUUCGAGAAAGAAAGAAAGAAAGAAAGAAAGAGGAUUGGUGAGAGAAGAGAAAGAGAGAUUCGUAGAGUGAUUCGAAAAAAGCGGCGUUGGCUUUUCUAACCGGAGAGAGUUACCAGAUUUUGACACGGUGCGUCGCUGGCGUCGUUAGCAGCGAAGUGAGAGAGAAAAGAGAGGCAGGCAAGUAAGCUCGACGCCUCCGUCCGUAAAAUCGCGCCUUCGAUCGGCGAUCGCGCGUCGCUACUCCCUCCUCCUCCUCUUCCCUGUGUAUCCUCCCCUCGUCCCUUUCCUUUCCCCCCACCUCUUGAUCGGCACCACCAGUAGCAGCCACCUACUACUACUACUACUACUACUACUCUACUACAUGCACUCUACUAUUACCCGCUCUUCUCGUCCGUCCGUCCAUCCGUCGCCGUCGUCGCCGUCGUCGUCGUCGUCGUUGCCGUCGUCGUCGUCGUCGUCGUGAUUGCCGUCGUCGUCGUCGUCGUCGAUGGUGGUGGUGGUGAUGGUAGUGGUGGUAGUGUAGUGUGUCGUAACGCGGAGGUGUGCGUGCCAUCUUCGUCGUCUUCGUCGUCGUCGUCUUCGUCGUCAUCGUCAUCGUGCGUGUCCGUGUUGUAUCCGUGUUCGUGUUCUCGUGUUCGUGCAUGCGUGCGUACAUAAGAAGAAAAAAUAUAUAAAAUUCGGUGAUCAUAAAAUUGUUUGGGAAUAAGAGAAAGAGGAGAGCAACUACGGCUAUUGUUGCUGUUAUUGUUGCUGAUAGUGCUGCUGGUGCUGCUGCUGUUACUGCACUCUGAUUAAAACUACUGCUGAUUACUACUACUACUAUUACUAUUACUAGUACUACUAUUACUGCUGCUACUGCCGCUGUUGCUGCUGCUGCUGCUGCUGCUGUUAUUGCUGCUCGACUGCAAUGUGAUUAUAGCUUGUUCCCCUGUCAUUGAUGUACGAGGUGGUGUCGUCUAAUACGAGGACAACGCGUCGUUACCCGGUCACUCCUUGUGAGCCCUUAGCGAGAAGAAGGAAAAGGAAGCGGCACGGCCGGCCGACCAGGCGGCGGCCAGCGGAAGCAGCGCAGCCGCGGCAACACCGGCCCUGCCAGGUGGAGCUUCCUCAGCUCCCGGCUUCAGGAUGAGCGGCCGACCGAGGACCACCUCCUUCGCCGAGGGCAACAAGCCGCCCGCGAAUCCGCCCCUCGGCGGCAUGAAAAUCAGCAGUGGUGCGAUGUACAAUGCAGGCAAGGAUGGCAGCAAGGUGACGACAGUAGUGGCUACACCUGGUUCUGGACCGGAUCUUCCACGAGAAGUUGCAUAUACCGAUACCAAGGUUAUUGGCAAUGGCAGUUUCGGCGUUGUAUAUCAAGCGAAACUCUUUGACACGGGAGAGAUGGUCGCCAUUAAGAAGGUCCUCCAAGACAAACGAUUUAAGAACAGAGAAUUACAAAUAAUGCGGCGCCUCGAGCACUGCAACAUCGUCAAACUAAAAUAUUUCUUCUACUCUUGUGGUGAUAAGAACAUCUUAAACGCAACUAAUCCAGUUUUUCAUGUGGACAAGGACGAGGUUUAUCUCAAUCUAGUCCUGGAAUAUAUACCCGAAACCGUGUACAAAGUUGCCCGACAUUAUAGCAAAAGCAAGCAGACGAUACCAAUCAGUUUUAUCAAGCUAUACAUGUAUCAACUGUUCCGUUCUCUGGCGUACAUCCAUUCCCUGGGCAUUUGUCACAGGGAUAUUAAGCCGCAGAAUUUACUUUUGGAUCCUGAAACUGGUGUUCUCAAGCUUUGUGAUUUUGGUUCAGCCAAGCAUCUUGUCAAAGGGGAACCUAACGUGUCUUACAUAUGCAGUCGCUAUUAUCGUGCGCCUGAACUCAUCUUUGGUGCUAUUGACUACACUACAAAGAUCGACGUGUGGAGCGCAGGUUGCGUUCUGGCAGAGCUUCUGCUUGGUCAACCGAUAUUCCCCGGUGACAGCGGUGUAGAUCAACUUGUUGAAAUUAUCAAAGUACUUGGUACACCAACGCGUGAUCAAAUACGUGAGAUGAACCCUAACUAUACCGAAUUCAAAUUUCCACAAAUAAAAUCUCAUCCAUGGCAAAAGGUUUUCAGGGCGCGUACACCUCCGGAAGCUAUGGAACUGGUUGCGCGACUUUUAGAAUAUACUCCGUCACUUAGAAUGACCCCGCUUCAGGCAUGCGCACAUUCGUUUUUCAACGAGCUGCGAGAACAAGGAACACGAUUGCCAAAUGGUCGUGAACUACCGCCUUUGUUCAACUUCACCGAGCACGAGCUUAGAAUUCAGCCUACCUUGAACUCUAUCCUAAUACCGAAGUACAUGCAGUCUCCUGACAAUCCCGGAGGCCAAUCGGAAGCGACGAGUGCUGCCGCGGCGGGGGCUAGCGGUAACUCUAGUGAUAAUACCGUCAACACCAAUACACCCACAACCACACAAACUACCGAUCCCAGCCAAUCGAACAUGGCUUAGAAAACGAAAGAGAAAGAUAUAACGAUACGAUAAAUUAAAGAAAAAAAAAAAAAACAAAACAAAAAAAAAACAAAAAAAAAGAAAGGAAAGGAAAAGAAAAAAUACCCCCUAAUAACUUAAAGCUAAAACUAAAAUACAAAAAAAAAAAUAAUAAAAAAAAAAAGAAGUAAACUAAACUAAACAACAAAAUAAUAUAAUCAGAACAAAAUCAACGUUUGCUUUCACGCGUUUCGAUAUUCUCAUUAUUAUUAUUAUUAAUUAAUUAUUAUUAUUAUUAUUAUUAUUAAUUAUUAUUAAUUAUUAUUAAUUAUUAUUAUUAAUUAUUAUUAUUAUUAUUAUUAUUAUUAUUAUUAUUAUUAUUAUUAUUAACUAUUAAUUAUUAUAAACCACGAGAAUAACACCACAAAAAGAAUAUCCACACACAAAACAAAAAAGCUCCGACAAUUUAUAUCAUAGUAGAAAAAAAGAAAAUAACAGAAUAAAUGUAUGGAAGAUUUGAAACAAUAACAUUGGGCAAAGAAAAAAAAAACAAAAACAAAAAAGAAUGAGAUAUAGGGAGAGAGAGAGAGAGAGAGAGAGAGAGAGAGAGAGAGAGAGAGAG